AUGUUUGGCGCUAUGUUUUUUGCUGUGAAUAAAUACUGGCAUGCUCAAUGUUUCCAGUGUGCUUGGUGUGGUAAACCGCUUGUUGGAGGGAAACAUUAUGUUGUUGACAACCUUCCAUAUGACUUGGAAUGCCAUUGGGUCAAGCGAUUGGCUAUCCAUAAAGAGCAACAGGAACAAAAAGACUAA